AUGGCCAUCUUUGAUCUAGUCGCAUGCGUCGUUGGUAUGCCUACUGAAAUUUACGAUUUACGUUAUCCGUACACGUUUUACAGCUCCACGGGCUGUAAGAUCUUCCGUUUUACAGAAACGUUUACGAUUUACGGUUCAGCAAUAGUGUUGGUAGAAAUCGCAUUUGAUCGUUAUUUCAAAAUAUGUCGGCCAUUGAUGAUCAUAAGCUUAUUCAAGAUUAAAAUGCUUUGUUUUAUGGCGACUGUGCUUGCGUUGAUAUUCUCGAUGCCUACUGCGUUACUGUUUGGGAUAACGCGAUCUACGACUCCGAUUGACGGACUGCUAGGUUACGACUGCUCGAUCGAGGAGAAGUACAGAAAAUCUACGUUUCAAACUGUAUAUUACGGAGCGUUGUCGGUAGUAUUUGUGGCUACACUGCUGAUUCUUACGGCCCUCUAUGUCAGGAUUUGGGUCGAAAUCAAGAGACGCAGGAAUAUGGUGAUCGGGGACCAGAUUUCUUCGCGACCAUCUGAACCCAACCAGGAAAAGAAGAAGAUCCGUGUUACGUAUGUAGCUAGUGGUAGCGCAGAUGAUGGCGACGAUGAUUCGUCAGGAACCGUUGGUGCCGGAGGAUGCAACAUUACCACGUGCGACGACCAAAAACGGACAAGGUUCGGAAGCUUAGCUAACUACGCUUCACGUAUACGUAUAACGCGGACGACCAUUGUGUUGUUUGCGGUUACAGUUGCGUUUGUGAUAAGCUAUUUACCAGCUAUAGCUAUCAUGAUGACGCGGUCAGUUAUCAAAGACUUAGAGAAAAAUCAGGGUAUAGAGGUGGAAGUCGUUUCGAAAUUUUUCUCGAAAUUUUUCUUCAUAAACAAUGCUAUAAAUCCCAUCAUUUACAGCUUUUUAAAUAUUAAUUUUAGACUUCAAACCAAAAAAACAGUGCGAAAAGUAUUUUGCUGUGAUCGACGUUCAACGCCCAAAAAGGGUGAUUCGGAUCGGAGCACAAAACGUGAAAUUUUGUUGAUCGGAGGCAAGGAUGUAUGA